UGUUGAUCAUAGACUCUCUCUCUGUUGAUCAUAGACUCUCUCUCUCUCUCUCUCUCUCUCCCCUUAUGUCUAGCAGAAGGCUUCUCUCCGAUGUCUACAAAACCCGUAGUCUUCUUCUCGUUGUUGUUGCCCUGUUUUUGAGUAACUGCUGUGCUAAAACAAGUCCCAAUUGUGUCUCCUCUUGUGGAAAUAUCCACAACAUCAGUCACCCAUUUCGAGUGAAAGGAGAUCCAGAAAACUGCGGAAACAAGAAAUACGAACUGGAAUGCGAGCAAUAUCGUCUUGUACUGAACUUGUUUUCCUCUGGAAAUUACUACGUCCACGCAAUCAACUACAACAACUAUACAAUCCGACUAGUGGAUGUUGGCUUACAGCCGGGAAAUUGCUCCUCCCUCCCUCUUUAUUCUUUGUCGGAUCUAAACUUUACUUAUUACGAUGAACCGUAUUCCUUAUGGGACUUCGACUAUUUUCGUGGUUCUUUUUUUCGAAUCCAAUGGAAUAUAUCCGUAGCACUAUGGUUAGAUUGCGAAAAGCCAGUGAAAAAUUCUCCAUUGUACAUGGGAUUGGGCAGUAAAACUAGUUGUAUUGAAAAUGCAACUUCUUCUUCUUCUUCUUCUUCUUCACUCUCCUCCGGGGAAAAGAGGCGCUAUUCUUACUUUUUGUUUGGGACUAACUUAAGAGUUUCAGAUGUGGCGAAUCAGUGCGAAGUAGAUGACAUAAUCAUGACAACGUUGCGCUUGCCAGCUUAUAAAAGUGAAGCAAACAUUUCCUUCUCGGAUUUCCACGAUAAAUUGGAGUAUGGGUUUGAGCUUUCCUGGCUGUCCUCUAUCUGUGAACAAUGCCCUGGAAGACUAGCCUAUUGCGAAAUUGGGUCUAAUUACACUGCCACUUGCCACUACUACGAUCCAUUCUCAUUUCUAUUCUCAGGAAACUUGUCCUUUCGACGUCGCUUGGAGAUCUUUUUGGAGAUCUUUUUCCAUCGGUACAUCCUUCCGGGGCUCGAAAUCAUAGGAUGGAUCCUACUAGCAAGAACUUCAUGUGGGAUGUUAUGCCUAUUGGCAUUUUUAAUCUAUAAGUUUACAAGAAGACAUUUAUCAAUGUUCGAUACCAUUGAAGGUUUUCUACAGAGUCAGAACAACCUGAUGCCGAUUAGAUACUCGCACUACGAAAUAAAGAAGAUGAGCAGAGGUUUCAAGGACAAGUUGGGGGAAGGAGGCUAUGGUUCUGUAUACAAAGGAAAGCUCCGAAGCGGUUAUGUCGCCGCAAUAAAGAUUUUAGGAAAGCCCAAAUCCAAUGGCCAAGAAUUCAUCAAUGAAGUUGCUACCAUUGGAAGGAUUCAUCAUGUCAAUGUGGUUCGACUAAUCGGAUUUUGUGCUACGAGAUCUAAACGAGCUCUUGUUUACGAAUUCAUGCCUAAUGGCUCUCUUGAGAAAUACUUAUUUUCUCAAGAAGGAAACAACUCCUUAAGUUGCAAGCAAAUGUAUGACAUUUCUGUUGGAGUGGCACGUGGGAUCGAAUAUUUGCACCAGGGUUGUGACAUGCAAAUCUUGCAUUUUGACAUCAAGCCUCACAACAUUCUUUUAGAUGAGAAUUUCAAUCCAAAAGUUUCGGACUUUGGGCUUGCAAAACUAUAUUCAACAGAUAAUAGCAUGGUGUCUCUUACUGCAGCAAGAGGAACAAUUGGCUACAUGGCUCCAGAGUUGUUCUACAAAAAUAUUGGACGUGUUUCGCACAAAGCUGAUGUUUAUAGUUACGGGAUGUUGUUGAUGGAAAUGGCAGGUAGGAGGAGGAACUUGAAUGCAUUUGCCGAUCACACAAGCCAAAUUUACUUUCCUUCAUGGAUUUAUGACCAAUUCAAAGAAGGAAAGGAAAUCGAAAUGGGAGAAGCCACGGAUGAGGAAAGGGAGAUGGUGAGGAAGAUGGUUAUAACAGCGCUAUGGUGCAUCCAAAUGAGCCCUAGCGUUCGUCCUUCGAUGAACAAAGUUGUUGAGAUGCUUGAAGGAAACAUUGAAGCUCUUGAAAUGCCUCCCAAGCCUUUCUUAACUCCUCAAGAGAUGCCAGUUGAAGAUCAAUGAAACAACUUAUAUCUCUAUCUAUUGAGUUGCUAUUUCUACUAGCUGUAGUCAUAUUAUUAAGAGUUCUUGUCUUUUGGACUAUUACAUGUUAGUAGACUUCUUAUCCUUUUGUAGUGUAUUGUCGAGGAAAGGUCCUGACGUCAUCUCAUAAGUAAGAACAGUCUUCUUCAAUUAUUGGUGAAAAUUUUGAAUUAGAUCAUGCUACUUUGAA